AUUGUGACGUUCUUGCCGUUUACUUGUUAGUAUGACAGCAAUAACGUUGCUAAUACGUGAACUUUACGAUCUGUCGGAUGCAUUUUGGCACAACCAAUUUCAUUUCGAACGAAGUUUACGUUACUAUCAUACAAAGCGACGGCUACAACUGUUUCAUUCCCACUGUCGAGAACACUGGAUGCGUGAGUAUAGGAAAAACAGAUUGGGAUACGAAUAUAACCAAACAGACAGCAUGCAACAUGCUGGGGACACAAGCAUCGAUUUUGCAGCCAUUGAGGCGAGUACGUGUUAUCAGGCUAUUGGAAAUUUUGACCGUCAGCAACUAAAUGACUUGAAUGACAUCGAAAUCGUUGAUGGCAAGGAAUUCAAUGCGUCUUUUUAUGAAUAUUCUGAUGCACAGCCCAAGUUUCAGACAGAUCAAAUCGGUGAACUUGUCGAAGGCGUUAGUUUCACGUUCACAGGAAAAAUUCCCAUUAACUGCGAGAGGUUUUCCAUUAACUUUGUGUAUAAUAAUGAGGCAAGGGAUAUCGCUCUUCACAUAAAUCCUCGCCUACCGCAAAAUUACAUUGUACGCAAUACCAAAGUAUACGACGUAUGGGGUCGUGAGGAAGUUUCUUCGGCAUUACCUUUUUUGCUUCGUCGUGGUGACAAAUUCGCUAUUCAAGUGCUAAUUACAAGCGCUUGCUAUAUGAUAUCGGUAAAUGGGCACCAUUUUGCUGAAUAUGCUCAUCGUCUUCCCUAUGGCAAUGUUAAAAUUCUUGAGGUAAAAGGCGACGUGGAGGAAAUAGGGAUGGAACGUACCAUAGUUCAAAGCUAUCCAAGACGCUUGGCCGAAUCUGCAGCCCGCUCGAUCGAUGCGCAUCUCGAUUCAGAAGAGGAUGAAGUUGAUUGCAAUGUGAAUAAGAAUAUAACAAAUACAAUACCGCAUGAAUGGUGCCUAAUCAACUCUAAACUGUCGGAUAAUUCACCAAAGAACAAUUGCAAUACCUCUGAUCUAGGACUAACUCUUCCAUACUAUGGUACUUUGUUGCCGAAAUCUUUAAAAGAAGGCAGAUGCCUAAAGAUUGAGGGCCGUGUUCGUUUGUUGCCACAUUCGUUUUACAUCAAUUUACAACAAGGUCAAAACAUUUGGCCACAUCCUAUUAUUGCAUUCCAUUUAAAUCCACGGUUCUCGCAAACAAGCAACGGGGCUAUAGGUAAGGCUAUAGUUUGCCGUAACGCUUGGUACAAUGGUGGCUGGGCUCAAGAGGAACGCUCUGAGCUAGAUACCAAUUUAAGACCAGGUCGCACGUUUUGCUUGGCGAUCGUGUGCUCCCACGAUUCUUUUGAGGUCUAUGUCAAUAAUCAGUUUAUUACUGAGUUUAAGUAUCAAAUUAAACCAGAUAUGAUCGAUACGGUUUAUAUACAAGGCGAUGUAAAACUUUGGAAGGUAACUCUCGAGCUCAAUCCCAUAAUCAAAGGCAAAAAUAUACGCAUCUAUCACAAUCCUUUGUACACAGAAGAGAGUUAGCUUAUAAUAUAAGUGACUUACUUAUGUAUGUUAAUCAAUAUUUUAUUCUUAUUAUUAUUGUAUUCAAAACAGUUGCCUUCCGUGACAAUAAGAUAUUUAGAGGAAUACAUGUACAAUAUAUUUUCUAAUAAUAAAUGUAUAAAAAUAUGUUGAAUGUAUCAAAGUA